UCUUUUGCAUCGACCUCCUCUUGCGCUAACAUCUCGGAUCCGGAUGUCUUCAAUCGAGUCGACAGCCGUGCCAGCUACUUCCGCCGAACGUUCGCAGGACUUGCUGUAUUCUCUUACCGAGAUCAAAAGCCGAGUUCAGCAAACCGCGGGCGGUCGGGACGUCACGCUUGUCGCGGUCUCGAAAUACAAGCCAUCUUCUGACGUCCUCGCCUGCUACAACCAUGGCCAGCGCGACUUCGGGGAAAACUACGUGCAGGAGCUGGUAGACAAGGCGGCGCAGUUGCCUACCGAUAUCCGGUGGCAUUUCAUCGGCACCCUGCAAUCGAACAAGGCGAAGAUUCUCGCAGCAAUCCCCAAUCUUUACGCAGUCCAGACCGUCGCGUCCGUUAAGGCGGCAAGUGGCCUCGACAAGGCGCUUUCCAACGAUCGCACAGCACCCCUCAACGUGCUCAUCCAGGUGAACACAUCUGGCGAGGAUGCCAAGUCUGGACUCUCGCCUUUGACCCCAUCGACCGCGUCCGAAGAUGCCCAACUUGUCACCCUUGCCCGGUAUAUCGUCACUUCCUGUCCCCGUUUACGCCUCCAAGGUCUCAUGACCAUCGGUUCGGUGUCUGAAUCUCUGGCCAAGGACAAGCCGAACCAUGAUUUCGAGACGCUGAAAGAAACGCGCGAUUCACUUGAGCGUAUACUCAGAAACGACAGAAUGGUCCCUGCAACAUGGGGAGAGGACGGAAAGCUGCUGCUGAGUAUGGGAAUGUCGAGCGACUUCGAGGCUGCGUUGAGCGCUGGUAGUGAUAUAGUGAGGGUUGGUACCGGGAUUUUCGGAGAGCGUCACAAAAAGGGCGAAUCUUGAGGUGCGAUUAUUGUUGAGUCCGGCAAUAGAAAAUCCACUGUUGCCAGCAUUAUGCUCCGCCUUCCGCAUAGC